UUGUAUGGAUGACGUCACAUACUUCCCCUUUGCUGUUGUUUUCGCUGCUUGUUUGGCUUUUCCGUGUUUUAUCAAUAGUCACAGAAGACGUUCGGUACUGGCAUUCUAACAAGAAGCAGCGCACUAAAUAGUUGUCAAGCUCGGAGUUUUGCAUAGAUUUUGGAGAACCUGUACUUAAACUGGUUUCUAUGUUGAAGAUGGUGUAAAUCGAGCAGCGACUGUGUCCAAGACCAUUUCGAGGGCUGAUGAGCUGUGUAUCAUGGCAGAUGGAUGCAAUGAUGAUGAUGUCAUUCACCUGGCCAGCUUCAACAUCCACCGAAGCCAAGGCUCUGGCAAUCGUCAGAGCGAGCUGAUCUUCAUUUCUGAUGAUUCUGAUGAGGAGACCGUGACGUUGGUACCUCACAGUCAUGUUUUAGUUCCAGACGAUGCGCCUGAAGAUGACGAUGUCACCAUAUUAGAGCCAAUCGCUCCUGCACGCAAACAUGUCAUACGACCGGCAGCAAAGUGGACUGGGGCCUCACAAAGCCUUACUAAAGUCGGUGGAAAUUCCGGGACUUCUACGAGGGACCCAUGUGCUCCCUCUACCUCCCGAGAUGCUAUUGCACACGCAUCCUCAGUCAACACAACGGUACUCACACAGCCAAACCUAACCACAAAUUCCCAGCAGCCAACUGCUUGGACGCCCCAAGAGAUUAGUGUGGAAGUCCGAGAUGAUUCUUCGACUCCAGCCCAAUCUACCUCCGUACCAGCUCUAAAUGUCAGACUAGGCGCAGAGCACCUUCGGCCUAGCACAUCUGGACCGGCAUGCUCCGCAGGACAAUUAUUAGCUCGGCCACAGAUAAACACAUCUCACAGUGUUGUUUCAAAGACACUUCCCGUCUCCACCACGUCUCAAGAAAAGGCCGGCGUUCAAGACAAUCCUCAGGCGAGCGCUUCCUGUGCAGAGCCGCAGCCUAAAGCGAGCACGUCUACUAAACUUCAGACUAGUGGGUCAUCGAGAUUAGUAACUCAGCUUCUCCAGAAGAAGAAGUCGACCCCCGUCAUACUUCCACAGCGACCGACCAGCCGAGCCUUCGCUUUGAUCACGCAGCAAAAGAACAAGCCCCGGACCGUGCUCCAGCCCGUUUUGCAUACCACGCACGGCAAUCUCAUUCAGAUUGAACCCCAGGCCCUCGCCCAGGCCCCGGCCCAGGCUCCGAUCCAGGCCCCCCAGCCCCAUCAAGCGGCGCCUAGGGACCAGUCUGCGGUGCUAAUAGCUGCGGCCCCUCAGAGGUUGGGACCUCCAGAGGCGGGCCACCAAAUCAUGCUCGGGAGCCAGGCAGCUGGGAACGCCGCUCUUGAUCCCCGACCGCAGGGUGGCGCCUCCAAUGCGUUUCCACAAACCCACACCACAAAUGUAAACCGUCCCGCUGGACCAGCUCCCGCACCUUCGGUUCCCAACAACAGAGGAGACGUGCAACAGAAUGUAGAUGCGGGCGAAAACCCAGAAAGGGGGAACCCAGUUCCCGGUCUGGUUGCAGUCCCUCCCGUUCCAGAAGACAUUCCCAGAAUAGAGGAUGCAAGGCCCGGUCCAUCUCGGCCACGAGAGAGGUUGGAGCUACAGCAGCACAUCAGAAACCUCAUUACUGGUGUCUUGGAUCUCUUCCCAGAUGUCCAAGAAGCCUAUGUAGCAGAACUGAUCCGAAAGAAUUAUGUGCAAGACUUGAAUGUUAUCUGUAACCUACUGUUGGAGAACCCGGAAUAUCCAAAGACGGAGGCUGCUGCUGCAGCCAAAGACGCGCCCACCAGCGUCUUACUGGAGUCCGGAGACAAUAAAACAGAGGUAACUGAGGAUCUUUUUGACUACGACAAUCUGGGCCAGGUUGGUCAGGAGAUAGUGAUGCAGGCUGCAGACUUGCUCAUGUCGGACUUCCGCUUGAUCAGCUGCCAAGACAUCAAAUGGGCGCUCAAUGCCCUGAAAGGACACUAUGCAAUCACACGCAAGGCCUUAUUUGAAGCUCUGAAGAAGUUUCAAGAAUCAGGCGACUCCUCAGGAAAGCGACGACGAAGCAGAAUAUCCACUGAGCGCUGCUACAUCGAUUUCCGCUUUGAGCACGGUCAGGUGAAGUUUGAAAAGAGGAUGUACUUUUUGGAGAGUGGCCGACGCUACUGCAGGAUGUACAACAAUUUGGAACCUUCUUUACAAAAGGAGCUUACAUUCUUCCAACAGAAAGCCAAGGAAUGGGCAGAGCAUGAGGACUUCCUCCUAGCGCUGCAAGUGAAUGAAGAUGAAUACAAGAAAGACGGCCAGCUGAUCGAGUGCGGCUGCUGCUACGGAGAGUUUGCCUUUGAGAAAAUGACGCAGUGUUCGGACGGUCACUUAUUCUGUCAAGAGUGCCUCAUCAAAUAUGCUCAAGAGGCAGUUUUUGGCUCUGGAAAGUCCGAGCUCAGCUGCAUGGAGGCCGGCUGCCUUUGCUCGUACCCAGUCUGCGAACUGGAGAAGGUCCUGCCAGAAAACAUACUUUGCAAAUAUUACGAGAGGCAGGCGGAGGAGGCCAUUGCUGCCACCUGCGCAGAUGAGUUAGUAAGGUGUCCCUUCUGCAACUUUCCAGCCUUGUUGGACAAAGACAUGUCACUCUUUAGCUGUCCCAAUCCCCGCUGCCGCAAGGAAAGCUGUCGAAAAUGCCACGUGCAGUGGAAGCAGCAUGUGGGGAAGACGUGCGAGCAAGUCCUGGAGAAAGACGAGAUCCGCAUGAGGGUGCUCAUUGAGGAGCGCAUGACGGCCGCCCGGGUGAGGAAGUGCGUCAAGUGCGGCACGGGCCUGGUCAAGUCCGAGGGCUGCAACCGCAUGUCGUGUCGCUGCGGCGGCUUUAUGUGCUACCUCUGUCGAGAGGCCAUCACCGGAUACAGCCACUUCUGCCAGCACGCUCGCUCGCCGGGCGCUCCCUGCCGCCACUGCCGCAAGUGUUCCCUCUGGACGGAUCCCACGCUAGAUGACGAGCGAAACAUACAGGAGAUCCAGAAGGAGGGAGAAGUGCAGCUGAAUAAGAAGUUUGCAGAUCAAUCGGGAAAGAGAGUGGGCCCGCCUCCGGAGGCCGUCCAAGAGACAAAGCGUCCUCGUGUGGGUCCGCCCCCUGAAAACCCUCCUCCUCCGGGUCCCCGUCAUCCCCAAGCGGUGCAGGCUCCCCUCUUUGUGCCCCCUCGCGCCCAUUACCCUCCCGGCCUAGCUCAAGGCCAGAUGUACGUGAUCAACCGGCUGCCCCCGGCGCCCUACGUACCCCCGCUGCCAAACCUGCUCCCUUUGAACAACAAUAACCACCACCACCACCACCAUCAUCAUCAUCACCACAACAAUCGGCACGGCGAGCGGAAUCCUCUAAACCUGAACAUGAUUGACAUGCCCAUGCACUAUGGCCCCGUCCACCCCUACUUAAGGCAUUUAUAACACACGCAUGUGAGUUAACUGUCUGCUGCAGCCCACGCAUACACUCUCUACAGAUCCACUUCUUGUUUUCAGAGCUUCCUUUUUUUUUUUUUUUAAUAACAUUUUCUCGGUGCACCCGCUUUCAGCCAACUUUCAUCUGGUGUCAGUCAUUUUCUGUUUGACUGAAGAAACACAAGUAACUACAUCUGUAGAGGUACACACACACGCGCACACUUUGCUGCCUUCUCACACUGAAUCUUGGAUGCCAGCUUGUGUUUUCCAUCUGUAAAAAAAGAAAAAAAAAUCUGAAAGCAUUGUUAAAUAUCCAGUUUAUAACGUUUCUGACAAAAAACAGUUCAAAACAUUCGAGCUGUGCGGUUUUUCGAAUAAAGUUUCCUGUUUGCAUUUUCA